AAAUACUAAAGUAAAAAAAUUAAAAAUUAAUUGAUAUAAAAAACAGAAUAGUAUUUAAGCUCUUGCUUAUACACUAUGCUUAGUUUAUGUAUGUUUAUAUGUUAUUUUAAUUACUAAUAUUUUAUGUAUAUAAAAAACUUGUAAACAAAUAUUAUACUUGCCAAUAAAAAACAAGUUCUUCCAGAUACCUCAGAGUUUUGAAAGUAAGCAUAAUGGCGACAUGGAUAAAACAAAAUUGUAUAUCAUUUUUUCAACUAUUUUGCAUAAAAGUCAUUAAGAAUGGACGAAUACCACAACAUUUAGCAUUUAUAAUGGAUGGUAACCGUCGUUAUGCAAAAAAAUUAAGUGUAGACAGUAGUGCUGGUCAUGUUAAAGGAUUUGAUAAGCUUUCGGAAACUUUAAAGUGGUGCUUAGACCUUGGUAUUCCUGAAGUGACAGUGUAUGCAUUUAGUAUUGAAAAUUAUAAGAGAAGCAAUGAAGAAGUUGAUGCUUUGAUGGACUUAGCUCGUGAUAAAUUCAAGAGCUUCUUGGAUGAAAUUGAUCAGAUAAAUGAAUGGGGAGUGAAGUUACAUAUUGCAGGACGUUUGUCUCUUCUGCCAAAUGAUUUGCAAGUCAUUUUUUCUAAGGCAAUGUUGGCUACUAAGAAUAAUAAUAAACUUCGUUUAAAUAUAGCAUAUUCCUAUACAGGUCGCGAUGAAAUAAGUCGAGCUGCAUCACAUAUUGUAGACAGUGUUCAAAAUAAUGAUCUUUCACCUGAUGAUAUUGAUGAAGACUUGAUCACACAAACAUUGGAUCUUGGAGCACCUGAACUAUUGGUUAGGACUUCUGGUGAAGUCAGACUUUCAGAUUUUAUGCUAUGGCAGGUAUCUAAUACAGUGCUUUAUUUCACUGAUGUUUUAUGGCCUGAAUUUACAAUAUGGAACCUUUUGGCUGCUAUCAUACAUUUUCAAAGACACGCUCCACCGUUGCCAGAAGAAAAAGAAAGCAGUCCCAUUCAACAGGAAUUUUUGAGAAAAUUAGAAACUAAGAGAUGGCAAGAGCUAGAAAAAAUUAUUAGCUUUUAGAUUAUAUUUAUAGAUAUACUUUUAAUUAAGGCGGAUUUCUUUAUUUAUUUAAGAUAAUAUUUUUUGUAGGAAAAAGACACUUGUGACACUAAAUUGAGAGGAUAUUAUGGCAUAAUUGCCGAUGUUAAAUAGUAUGUAGUUAUUUUUGUCUAAUAAACAAAUAUUUUAUGUUUGUUUUUUAAAUUAUUUAGUAAUUUAAAUAAAUCUUUGAUUUUACAUAAUUUAAUGAAAAAUCUAUUUAAAAUUUUGAUGAUUUCCCAAGUUUGUAUGAUCACCAGAAUUUGAUGCCAAAUUCUUUAGGGCAAUAACUGUUUUGUUGAAUAUUGUACAAUUGUUCAAGAAUGUCUUUCUUGUUGCAUCUAGACAUCAAAAUAAUUACGAUGAUUUAGAUUCCUGGGCUAAUUUUAUCAAACAUUAGGAUUUAGAUUUUUGAUGUAAAUAAGUAUUCUGUGUAAAAAACGGAAACUACAGAAACCUACAGAAUUUAAAAAUUUCUAAUUUAUAAAUUUAUUGAAAUUAUAAAUAUUAAAGAAAAAUAAAUUAAUAUUAGAUGGUAUGUUUGAUUAUUCAUAAUAA